AGAAAUGUUGUAUUUUAAGUGGAUUGUUGUAUUUUUUGAAUUAAUUGUUGUCAUAAACAGCGAAGGAAACAUAUCAAAAUCAAAUCACACAAAUAAUUGGGCAGUACUUGUGGAUUCAUCCGCAUUUUGGCAUAAUUAUCGGCAUUCAUCAAAUGUUUUAGCAAUUUACCAAACAGUUAAACGAUUGGGUAUACCGGAUAGUCAAAUAAUUUUAAUGAUAGCAGAUGAAAUGGCAUGUAAUCCACGAAAUUCUCGUCCGGCUACGGUAUAUGCCAAAAAAAAUCAGAAUGUUUAUGGGGAUGAUGUCGAAGUGGAUUAUCGUGGAUAUGAUGUCACUGUAGAAAAUUUUAUACGCUUAUUAACGGGCCGAUUACCACCUGGAACACCUCGAUCCAAACAAUUAUUGACUGAUGAGGGUAGUAAUAUAUUAUUGUAUGUGACAGGUCAUGGGGGCAGUGGCUUUUUUAAAUUUCGUCAUUAUGAUGAAAUGACUAACCAAGAGUUAGCUAAUGCUUUGGAGCAAAUGUGGCAGAAACGAAGAUACAAUGAAAUAUUUUUUAUGAUUGACACAUGCCAAGCGGCAACAAUGUAUGAACGAUUUUAUUCGCCAAAUAUUUUAUGCGCUUCAAGUAGUUUAGAUGGCGAAGAUUCACUUUCUCAUCAUGUGAACUCAGAUAUUGGAGUUUAUGUUAUGGAUCGUUUUACAUAUCACGCAUUUGAUUUUUUGGAAAAAAUUAAUUUAUCCAGUUCCAAGACUAUGAGUGAAUUGUUCAAAGUGUGUCCGAAACAUUUGUGCAUUUCAACGGUGGGCACACGAACAGAUCUAUUUCAACGUGAUCCAAACACUGUAUUGGUAACCGAUUUUUUUGGAUCGAAUAAUCAUUAUGUGGAAAUGUUAGAUACUUCGUAUUUAAAUAUUACAUUUGAAACAAACAUUCGAGAAAAUAAUUCGAAAAAUGAAAAAACUGAAAACGAUAACGUAAAAUAUAAAUAUGUCGAACAAUUUCCAAGUUAUGUAUUUAAUCCCUAAAAUAAACUUUUUUUUUAUAAAUA